GUAUUUAAGCAAAUUGGUGUUGAUUUGAUUACCCUACCAGAAGUAAAUAAUUUACGCUAUGUAGUAGUUGCGAUAUGUUACUUCAGAAAAUGGUGUGAAGCAAGGGCGUUGGUGGAUAAAACUGCUGUAUCUGUGGCUAAGUUUUUAUACGAUGACAUAAUUUGUAGACAUGGAUGUCCAGAAAUUCAGAUCAGUGAUCAAGGUCGUGAGUUCGUAAAUAAGCUUUCAGAUGAGUUAUUUAGGUUGACGGGUACACAACAACGUGUCACAUCACCAUAUCACUCACAGGCCAAUGGCCUUGUGGAAAGGCUUAAUAGAACUUUAAAAACUAGCUUGUUGAAGGUUCAACAAAACGAUGUACUGAAAUGGCCUGAUAUACUACAAGGCAUUAUGUUUGCAUACAGAACAACUGUGCAUUGUUCAACUAAAUACUCUCCGUUUUUCAUGCUAUAUCAACGUGAGCCAGUUAUCCCAGUUGAUGUUGAUGUCAAUAAUAAUUCUAACAGUGAAUUCCUGAAAGAAGAAGAUAUCGAUUAUGAUUUGGAUGAAGUUACAUUUUCAAAAACGGUCCAAGCGAUGUUGGAUUUAAGAGGUUUUUAUAUGGAAUCAAAUAACUUAUAA